AUGGCAAACGCACCAAACUCAAACUGCGGCCCCAUCACCACUCCAGGGCCAGGAAUGAACUACUUGCGCUCAGAGCUUCACGACCUGAAGAUAAUCGGAGUUGAGGAACAUGUCAUUUUCCCGGAGUUAACCAGCCGAAUCCCUGAUGAAGGUCUGGCAACUCACGCGAAAAAGGUCUUCAGCCAACUUGUCAACCAUGAAGCAAUGGCUUACGCUCGCGGUCGCUCCACCGACGUGGGGGACCAACGCCUGCAUGAUAUGAACGAGGGCGGCAUCGCCGUGCAGAUUCUGAGCCUUGCCGGACCAGUCAACUGUAUGCAGAUGGAGCCAGAGCCCGGUGCGGCGCUAGCACGCGACAUCAACGAUAAUCUAAAGAAAGCGGUUGACUCUCAUCCUGAUCGUUUCAAGGCUCUCGCGGAACUGCCUUUCCACGCGCCCAAGUUGGCGAUUCAAGAACUUCGCCGUUGCGUGAAGGAACUUGGCUUUGUGGGUGCAAUGAUGGCGGGCUCGGUGGGAUGUACGGGGAAAUUUCUUGAUGACCCGGAGUUUGACGACUUACUUUCGGAAUUCGAAGCCUUGGAUGUGCCGCUAUAUCUCCACCCUGGAAUUGCACCUCCCGCGGUCAUUGAUGCUUAUUAUACUUUUCCGGAAAAGCCCCAAUUGUCGGCGACCUUGGCUGGCAUGGGCUGGGGAUGGCAUAAUGAGGUUGCAAUUCACGUCCUUCGCCUCGCUAUAUCCGGAACACUGGAUAGGCACCCAAAGCUGAAGGUUGUGGUAGGGCACCAGGGCGAGAUGUUGCCUAUGAUGAUCCAGCGUUUUGAUGCCAUGUUUGAUGAGAAUAUCUUCGGGCUGAAGCGAAGUGUCGGCCAAGCCAUGCGGAGUCAGGUUUGGAUCGCCAUCUCUGGACUCUUCUCAUUGCCCCCAACACAGAUUGCAAUCCAAACGUGGGGGGUUGACCGGAUUCUGUUUGCUAACGAUUACCCUUACAUCGAUGCUCAAAGAGUACCGGAGUUUGUUCGAGCGUUGGGAGAUGUUGUUGGCCCGUCUGAUCUACGAAAGAUCUGCAAUACAAAUGCAGAGGAACUAUUUAGAUUCAAGGCUUAA